AAUGCCGACUUUGCACUGCAUCGGAGGUGGGAGGAUGGGGUAUAAUACAAUCACAAUUCAGUGUUUUUCUUAUUCAGUUGUCUACUUUAGUGAUGGUUGAAGUACAAUUAUUAUAGUAAUAAUUUACGGACAUUUCUUAAGGAUUGAACAACUGCAACCACCGAAGAUGACACGUAAAGUCUUGUUGUAAUACACUGGGAUUAAUGUUGUUACAAUGCCUUGAUCAUGAUCAGCGAGAUGUUGCCAGCUACCGACAUGUUUAUAUUGAUACCAGAUAAUACCAUCCAAGAGAAUAAAACGGCAUAGGACAGUUCAAGACCUGAUCUUUAUCCUGUGAUGAUAUGAGAGGCCAGAAGAGUUGGUGAUGAUGUUAAAGGACAUGAGCUGGCUGUGUCUGGUGGGGUUGUUCCUGACCUCCCUACUGAUUGUGUUGGCCUGGCUGGUCCAGUACUCUUUAGCACUACUGCGCUUCAGGAGCCCCAGAUCAGUCACCCAGAGCAGGGGGGACACAUUCUGGCAACUUCCCUUCUCCCUCUCCCACCAGACCCAGGCUGGGGGAGUGUGGGGGUCCCUGUUAAAGCUCAGAUUUGGACGAGAUGAACCAGCAUCUGAGGCAGGGGUGAAGGGCCUGCUUGCCUCUCUGUUCUCCUUCAAGUCCUUUCGGGAACACUGGCAGAAAGCUUGGGUCAGAGCACUCAACGAGCAAGCUUGCAGGCACGGGAGCUCCAUCCAGAUCACCUUUGACAACAGUCUCCAGCUUCCUGCUUCAGCCAUUAUAGAUAGCGUGACUUGCACAGACCAAUCAGCUCGCAGUAUGGUUUUACAUUGUAAUUGUGCCGUUGACAUGGUAACAUUUCCAGUGACAGUCACUCAGCAGUCACCUGCAGCCGUUUCCAUGGACACCUACCAGAUCACCAUAGAGCCAAUGCUGGCCCAGCUGGUGGUGUGUCUGGAGGAGGUGGAGGAGGAGGGUCUCCUGGUGACCUGGACCUUCUCCAGGCAGCCCACCUUCUUCCUCACCGUAUCUCCACGCAGGCUCCAGAGGGAGAACAAGGAUGCGGAGGCAGACCUGGAGAUGAUCGGAGAGCUGGUGGAGGACACUCUCUUCAGCACCCAGCCAGCCAUGAUACUCAACCUGAAAGCCUGUGUCUCCAGUCCUGCGUUCCCCAGAGAGCGUCUCCAAGGGGGUCUGACCCCCCCGUCUCAGAGCGUCCCCAUACAGCGUCUGCUGCUACGCCAGCUCAGGGCCACGUGCCUGCGAGGAGGUCAGUCGUCUGGGGAGAUGUGCUGUGCCGUGAGUCUGAACCAGCCCUCCACUGAGAAGAGGACCCGCUUCCUUCCCAGGGCCGUCAGCCUUGCAGCCUCCCUGGACUGGGGCGAGGAUGUCACACUGGAACUAGGGCCAGAAACCAAAGAGCUAAAACUACGACUGCUGGAAAGGAACAGCAAAGGGGAAAAAUUCUUGCCUGGACACGCCUCCUUAGUCUUGGACCUGCCACGGAGAAGUCCUAUUGGACAGCAUGUGCUGUCAGUCAGCCAUGGUCAUGGCUUGGCACCAGUUGCAACAGUCACCUUUGAGCUGCAGCUCCUAGAAGGAAGGGAUUCCCGUGGCAGCCACAGCGCUACACCCCUCCGCUCCUCUCAUACCCCGACAAAGAAAGUGGACGUGGACCGCACCAUCAUGCCGGAUGGCACCAUCGUCACCACAGUGACCACCAUCCAGUCGCGACCCAAACUGGACCGUAAGAUGGGUGACUCUCCCUCGCGGUCUCCAUCCAAAGUGGAGGUGACAGAGAAAGGACCAACAAUCCUCUCUGAUGGUCUCCAUGGCGUGGCCGGAACCAGCCCCACCCCCAGCCUCGAGAGUCCUCUCUCCAAUGGUCUAGACCCAGUAGCUGAUACAGCCAUCCGGCAGCUGACGGAGUCAGCCAGCAAGGUAGCUAGGAAGACGCCCACUAAAAGAAGCACACUCAUCAUCUCUGGGGUGUCAAAGGUUCCCAUCUCGGAGGAUGAUUCGGCUCUGUCAGUGGGCUACGCUGCGGCCAUGGAUGCUGCCUUGCAGAGCGGAGCCUCCAACCACUAUGGGGCGGGGCAUCACCAGGACCAGGAUGAGACCACGCCCUCAGACGUGUCGGAGCGGCCCUCGGUAGACGACGUGGAGUCGGAGACGGGCUCCACAGGUGCACUAGAAACACGCAGCCUCAAGGACCACAAAGUGGGCUUUCUCCGGAGCGGGACCAACCUGUUCUUCCGCAGAAGACACAGACAGAAGGACGCCAGCUUCAGUCAAUCCCACGAAGACAUCUCCAACCUCGGAAGCAACUCCGCCUCCGCGGCCACCAUUAGCCGUAAGAAAUCCGGCAGCUUCUCUCGACGCCUCAUCAAGCGCUUUUCCUUCCGUUCAUCCUCCAAGUCGAAGGACAAAGCCAGUGCCACUAAUGGAGGGGCAAGCACAGCGGAUAACUGAGGGCACUGAAGGAUUUGGAGGUUAAGCUGCUGUAUCAGAAUGGAUGAUUGUCUGGGCUCAUGUUGUCUCUGUUCAUCCAGAGUUGGAGACCUUAACUUUAACAGUUGAUGGAGGCAGGACACCCCAGGUGGGUGGUCACUGGUUUUCUCGUCAAAGCUUACCUCAGAGUGGAAUAACACUGCACCUUCAAGGAGGAGAAUGGAGAGAAUUAGUCUGGAAUCACACAGAAACAUAUUUAAUUUAAGAAGUCCCUGCUGCUCAUUGGAUUGAAGGGGACUAGUCAAAACAUAAAUAAACUUGAAGAUGUGGGAAUGCUGUUGGCCCCAUUGAGCAGAAGGGGGCAGUAGAGGAAGAUGGCCUGUGAAAUGGAUUUAUCUUUAAGAAUUGUAAAAUAUAUAUAAAUGAAAAGAUCUUCUUGGUUGCACUUUUUAGGACUUUAUCUGAUUGUUUACAGCAAUUGAAAGCUUGUCCUUGUGUAUUUUAAAAUUAUUCAUUUUUUUUAUUCUUCUUUGCUCUUUGAUCCGACUCUUUGAGUCCUUGUGUACCCCAAAUAUUGAGUCAUGGUAGUUUCAGUGUGUAGUACAGACUUGAAUAGGUGUGAUUUAUUUCUUGCUUAGAUAAUAAUAAACAUAAAAGCGUAGUGGAUGAAUAAAUAUUAACCAUCAGUCUUAAGUUGAUAAUAUUGACUUAGUGUCUUAUUUAAUUUGUUAUGAUGUUCAUAAUUAUAAUCUCUAUAGAAAGCAGAAUGCUUUCCUCUGCCUGUGUUUGUAUUGAUUUUCUCAGAUCAUGUUGUGACAUUUUAAGGGAGACUUUUUGGGAAACACAACCUUUGUUUAAUUUAAACCUUGCUCAACCAGCCUUUCAAUAGGGUUAAGGUUGGGGUUUGAAGUUCAAUUUUGAUCAGAACAGCAAUAUGUAUUGAGGAUAUGCAAUCCCUUGAUAAAAAAGAACACUUUUAAUAAUUUGAUCGUAAUUGUUUCAGGUAGUUGAAUCAGGUAAAUGCUUUAAGUGAUCAACACACUUUUCAGAUGGAACUCUAGAUGCAAACGGUUAGCCCUUGUUUUGGCUUUGCAAUGCAAGACAAGGGGUCUUCCCUCCAGGACACAUGUCCAGCCCCUCAUGAUGAACAUAUUUGACAUAUAUAGAUGUACAUAAAUAGUUUUCUUUCUUUAUUGGUAUGUGUUUUGUAAAAAAUAAAAAAUAAAGAUAUACAAAAAAGAAAUAUCAAUCAAUGUACAUCUUGUCAAUAAGAUAAUGCAGUACUUGUGUAUUUCAAAACUGCACAAUGUAACAAAUUAUUUUGACUUACUCUCAGAGUUUGUAUUGUAUCCCUACAGCAUAUUUGAUGUUACAGAUAGGGAAUGUCAUACCAUUGGAAAAAAUGGAACUUGACAACCCCCGCCCACGUUUUAAGUAGAACUUCCAGAAUUGCAUACUCUUUGCAUAUAACACAAACUAUCUUUGUUGGUGCUAAAAAUAUAAAAUAAUGUAUUGAUAAUUUACUAAAUUUAAAAACGUUGGCUUCAGCAUACACAUGCUCCUCGUGCAUUUGCUGGCAGUCCUAACGUGGUCUGUUCUAUAAUGAGGGGCAUUUAAAAAAAGAUGAAAAUCUUGAAAUAACUUUUCAUGUUUGGAGGCAAUGCUUAAAUUA